GAGACACUACCUCCUUGGGAGGUUCCGUCAGGACUGAUCAUCAGACCCUGAAGUGGAUGAGAACCCAGCCUGUGCUUUCUGAUGCGCUGAAACGCUCGAUCGAAGUCAUUGAGCAGUAUGACUUCGAGCCCCAGUACAUCAAAGGAGAGUACAACAAAGUUGCUGAUGCGGUGUCGCGUAGGCCAGACUUUCUAGGUGCGCUGAUUACUGAGUUUGGGCUUGCGGACGAUGUUACUCGCUCUUUGGUGGAAGCCUAUCGCGAGGAUCCGUUUAUGGCUGAGAUCAUACGCAGACUCGAGGCGAAGGACAAAGCGACUUCAGCUGAGUUUGAGUUGGUCAAUGGCCUGCUGUUCCUUGAGAAGGCCGCAAAUAAACGUUUGUGUGUGCCUAAUCAGGAGUCUUUGCGUAGUUUAUUUCUAGGCGAAUGUCAUGAUGCCACAGGACAUUUUGGUUACCAGAAGACUGCGGCCAAUUUGCUGCAGCAGUUCUGGUGGCCCACAAUGAUGAGAGACGCCAAGCUGUACGUGGAGACUUGUCAGGUUUGUCAGAGAGACAAGCCACGUACACAGGCCCCUCUUGGGCUUCUUAAGCCCCUUCCGAUACUGGGAAGGCCUGGUGAGAGCCUGUCCAUGGACUUCAUGGAUACGCUGGUCACCAGCAAGAGUGGAAUGCGAUACGUCUAUGCCAUUGUGGAUAGGUUCAGCAAGUAUGCUAGGUUAGUCGCAAUGCCUGCAACAGCCAAGACCGAGUAUGUGAUUAAACUCUUCAAGGAGAACUGGGUCAGGGACUUUGGACUUCCUAAGUCUAUUGUUAGUGACAGGGAUGUCAGGUUCACAAGUCCUGCUUCAGCUUCCUUCGGAGGUCAUACGAACCCACAAGGCAAGUAAAAAACUUAGGAUGGCGUGAUAAAGCAUCAACAACACG